CUAUAAAAUAAAAUAAAUAAAUAAUAUAUAUAAUAAUUAAAUAUAUAUUUAUAUAUAUACUUUUUUAUAUUUGUACUAUAGAAUAAGCCCUCAGAAAUUGACCGAUACAUACAUACAUAGAGAGCUUUUUUUCGUAUUCAACGUCCGGCUCAUUUCUAAAUCCGCCUUUUUGAUUCUCGCCGGAAAAGUAGGAUGCGAUACUUCAGAGAGGAAAAGGCGGGGAAGAGAUCGACGGCGGCGGCGGUGGUUUUGGUGAUACCGAGAUGGGUGAAGGCGGUGUUCUUCUUCACCACUAUGUUUGUGUCGUUGCUCGUGUUCUCGGCGCCCAUUCUGCUCGUCGUCGCCGACGCCGUGCUUCCGUCGGCUUUAUUCUCGGUCUCGCUUCCGCCGGCGUCGACGCUCUCCGUACAUCUCCGGAACUACGACUUCCGCCGCUCGCUCAUCGAUGUGCCUCUGGUCUCGAUCCUCCGCUCCGCCGUGAUUUUCUGUGUCUACAGCUUCUGCGAUCGGCCGGGGCUGUCGCGGGGGCCGUACCUGGCGAUCACCACCGCCUGCUCGGCGGCGUCUCUGGUGUUCGUAUCAGUAAAAGCUUCGUUCCUCCUCCUCGGCGGCGGCGGCGCCGGCGUAGGUGUAAUCAAGGCAAUGGAGGCUGCGAUGUUCGCGUCGUCGCUAGGGUUUGCGAUCGGACACGUGGCGGUCGCCUAUAGGACGAGCUGCAAGGAGAGGAGGAAGCUUCUGGUCUACAAAAUCGACAUUGAAGCGGUAUCAGCAUGUACAAAAGGGUUUCUAAUCCACCAAAAAAUACUUGAAGAAGCAAGAACAAGAUGAAGGAUAUAAUUGAUUUUGGCCAGAAGGGUUCCAGGUGUCCAAAGGAUUCUUGGAGCCUAAUAGUAGCAGGAUUGAAAAUACCAAUAGAUGGAUAGAGAUUUAGAUAGAUUUUUUUUAUUUUUUUUUUAUUUUUGUGGGAAGUAUAUAUAUAGAGAUACAUACAAAAUGGUUUAUAUCCAUCCAAUUCCAAUUUAAUUCCAGAAGUGUAAAGUGUUCUAAAUUAAUGGAUGGGAUGGAUUUAUGAACUACUGCAGGUGUUGUGUUAAUACAAGCUGGCUGCUUGUGCUACCGCAGGGUUCGGGUCGGGUUUGGAUUUGAAUCCGAAAUUGCUUAGAUGCCCAUUUAUAUAUAUAUGAAGCAAAGAUUUGUUCUUGUUUUGGUUUGUGUUGAGAUGAUAUGAUAUGAUAUGAUGAUUCUUGAA